UUCUUCAAAUCCCGGUCUUUGUAUCGCCGCGAAUUCAAAUUUCUUGUUAGGUUUUGCUUGUUUGUUUCCAUGAAUUCUCUUAAGAAAGCUGCAGUGCUUUAUCAUUAUCCUUGUCCGGAUGGAGCGUUUGCUGCUUUAGCGGCUCAUCUCUACUUCUCCGCCGCUUCGUUGCCCGUCGUCUUCUUCCCCAACCCUGUUUACGACCCCGUCAGGGUUGAAAACCUACCUUUGGAUGAACUCAGUGACAUCUACCUUCUUGAUUUCAUUGGAGCUUCCGGUUUUGUUGCAGAAGUAUCUUCCAAAGUUGACAGUGUCACAAUUUUGGAUCACCAUAAGACAGCUUUGGAGACUAUUUCCAGAAAUGAUUCCGUUUUAAGAAAUGUUUCUAAGCUUAUAGAUAUGGAGAGAAGUGGGGCUACAAUUGCGUUUGACUACUUUAAUGAGAAACUUCUAAGAAGAGGCAUUUCAUUUGGGAAUCAUGGAGGAGGAUGUGAUGUUAUAUUCUUGCCAGAAAACAAAAGUGAAACUGUUCAAAGGCUUUUCAAGUUUAUUGAAGAUGGAGAUCUUUGGAGAUGGGAGCUUCCCCAUAGUAAAGCUUUCAGCAGUGGUCUUGCAGAUAUGAAAAUCGAGUACAAUGCCAUUGUUAAUUUAUCUUUAUUUGAUCAGUUAAUGGAUUUGGAUCCCGAACUUGUCAUCAGUCAUGGACGAGAAACUCUUGCACGAAAACAAAAGUUAAUAGAUUUAGCUCUCGAUCAGUCUUACAAAAUUGCAUUGGGGUGUGGAAUAUUUGGUCAUUGCCUGGCAGUUGAUGCAGAUUCCAUUUCAGAAUUGAGGAGUGAGCUUGGCCACCAACUUGCUAACAAGAGCCGCAAUCUAAAUCUCAGGAGCAUUGGAGCUGUCGUUUAUAAAGUCCCUGAGCUGAAAAAUGACCAGCUGCUGAAAAUAAGCCUCCGAAGUAUAGAAAUGGAGGACACAACAGCCAUAUCCAAGGUUUAUGGAGGCGGCGGACAUUGUAACGCAAGCUCUUUCAUUUUGAGUGCUGAUGAGUUUUUUAAGUGGAAGGUAUAAGCUUCCUUGUUUAGGGCUCUAAGCUAAAUCAAUUGUUCCUUGAUGAUUCAACCUAUUUUUUUCAUCAGGGAAAAUCAUUUUAGUCCUAGAGUCUAUAUAAAAAUUUCAAAUUUAUCUCCAGAUUCUUUAAAUUGAGGUUGAAACAGUCUCUUGUAAAGAGUAUAUGGGGACUAAAUUGCCAUUAUUAUAUACUCUGGAACUAAGAUUACCCUCUGCAAAAGGUAAGGUAAGUAUUUUAACACGUUACUCAUUAAAAAAUAUUCAGUAAAGUAUCCAUGUUUCUCCUGGUUUUCUCACCAAACUGUUCUUGCUGAUACUUUAUGCUUUACAUUCUUUGUUUAACUUGUUUUCAAUCAUCUCCGGUUCUUUUGAAUGACUCUACUCUUACUAUAUUCUAUUUACUAUGAAAUGUAUGAUAAAGUGAAGCAACUGCUGAGUUAAAAAGUUUUUAUUCAGAAAUAGAGCUGUUAGACUGGAGAAAAUAUUAGGUCUGUACAACGCAUGUACAGACAGCCAAUCACAUGCAUGCACACCAGUAUGUACGUUCUCUCUCUCUACAUCUCUGAUGUGAUUGGCUGUCUAUAGGCACGUUUUACAACUAAUAUUUUCUCGUUAGAUUCAGGAUCAAUUUUGAUUGUCUUAGCCUUUUUUUUAUCUUACGCACAAAAGUUAGA